GAAGCAGAUGAGACCCUCAUCCGACGUCAAUAUGUCUUUGUCACUUGAUCUCAAUAUAUAUGUAUCACUAUAGUACGAUGUAUUCACCGACAAGCAUUCUCAAUGAAGUGUGUUAUAUUGCCAGCUUCAGCAGUUGUUUUGUUAUUGAAGUACUGUUAUCCUUUCAAAUGACCGACUUCCAUCUUAGAACAACCUCAAGGAAGGGUAAAUCCUGCGUAGACCUUCUCUCCUUUUCCCUUCUCAUAUAAUGAUGUUGAAAGUAUUCACUGACUCAUGUAACGACCGGAGGAUAGGAUGUAAAGAGACCA